UCUGUAUUUCAACGUUCAUUUACACAGCACAGCUCUCUCGCUCUCUCGUCUUCACUUUCUCUCUCAAGAGAAUAAUUACACGAGAUAAGAAGUCCAAUUGGUUCUGUCUCAGACAUUGUUUGGAAAAAUAAAUCAAUAUGCAGAUGCAAAUGACAGGUAUAUUAGAAACAGGCCCAUUUGGUGUUUCUCGAUAUUCUUGCCGCUGAAUGUUCAAGAAGCUUCUGGUACAUAAUUUGUUGGAGUUUUGAUUUAUCUCCUGUUGAAGAAGUUAUUUGAAGGAUUCCAUUUCCUGUUGUAGCUAUGGCCACUAAUGAAAAUCUUCCACCAAAUGUGAUAAAACAACUUGCAAAGGAAUUGAAGAGUCUUGAUGAUUCACCCCCUGAGGGCAUUAAAGUUGGAGUAAAUGAUGAUGAUUUUUCAACUAUAUAUGCUGAUAUUGAAGGCCCAGCUGGAACUCCAUAUGAAAACGGUGUUUUCCGCAUGAAGUUGUUAUUGUCUCAUGACUUCCCACACUCUCCUCCAAAAGGUUAUUUCAUGACUAAGAUUUUCCAUCCGAACAUUGCAACAAAUGGUGAAAUUUGUGUCAAUACGCUAAAAAAAGAUUGGAAUCCAAGUCUAGGAUUACGACAUGUUCUCAUUGUGGUCCGGUGUUUAUUGAUUGAGCCAUUUCCAGAAUCAGCUUUGAAUGAACAGGCCGGUAAGAUGCUUCUUGAAAAUUAUGAGGAGUAUGCCAGACAUGCCAGGAUAUACACUGGGAUUCAUGCAAAGCCAAAACCAAAGUUUAAGUCAGGAGCCAUUUCAGAGUCAACUACAGCAUUGAAUGUGGACCAGAGCAAUACGUCGGUUCAUAACAUUGAACAGAAGGAUCAGAAGACCACGACAACAGGUGCAUUGGCAUCACCAUCUCCUUUGGCCCCUGCAACAGCUACCAGAGGAAAUAGUCAGGAGCAGCCAACUGCUGCGUUAGCUGUACCUGAUAUGGGGAACAGUGGUUCUGCUGUGGCAACACCAGCAGCUGUACAAAAGAAAGAAGGUGGUGGGUUGACAAAGGUUCAGGCAGACAAGAAGAAAAUCGAUGCUAGAAAGAAAAGUUUGAAGAGAUUGUAAUGUUGUUGGUGGAGGCAUUCAUAUCUGUUGAGAAGAAUUGGAGUUGUGUGUGUUGUAAUGGAUGAUUACGUUGGGCAAAAAGUAAUGGAUCAAAUUCACCUGUUCCCGUUUUUCAUUCAUGCCUUUUAACAUUACUUCUUUGUAACGAUUUUUCUUCUAUUAAUUUAAAGAAAAUGUAAUCCUGAAGAAUUUCAGA